AGCGCCGGAAGGGCUCAGAGCCAUGACGAUGCUCGCAGUCGUCGUUUUCCUCGUGACCGCACUACCAUCCGCCGACCCUCCAACCUCAUUCUCAUACCCAUCGUGUCCUGAGCUGGCAGGCUCCACAGGGCUUGUGCCUUAUCGAGCCCGUCAGUGCUCUGGUGCCACCGCCGGCGACGGAGGAGAGUUGAGCGAGGAGGAGACUACCAUCGUCGACCGGGCCGAGCGGCGCGCACUCGACUUGUGCGCCUCGCGUCCCACAGGGACGUGCUCUUCCAUUCCGGACGUGAUCGCGACGCUCCGUAAGAAGACUCGUACGCGCUGCGUCAAAUCGCCAGCGAUUGUCUUCAUCGGCGACUCGGUCACCGUCCAGAGUUGGAAUGCGGCACAGUGCUCGUUGCGGCAAGCAGGACUCAAGCGCUGCCCAGAUUCAACCUUCCGAAACGAAUCAGCGCUCGGCUACGUGAUGAAACACCACGGGUGGAACGCGCUCAAAGAGCACCUGCAGCACAGCGCGUUGGUCACGAGCAACGACAGCGCAGACACCGCCAUUCGGAAGCUUCUCAAGCAGAGCGGGCAGCAGGCCAUCGUCCAAUCGUACCAGGAUGAUGCGCAGUACGUGAAGGAGGCACGUUUCACGAGCAGCACCUCGUGCGCCGCCGACACGGCCAACGUGGUGCGCGUGCUCCUGGUGUGGCGGGCUGGCGGGCGGCGGCGAGGACCUGGGCUGGUCGCGUCGCGCGACGCGCCCAAGGAGGCACGCGCCGUCUUCAAGGAUCUGAUGCUUAAGAACGUCGGCUCCUGCGCGGUGACCGUGUACAACGAAGGCCUGCAUCACCGGAGCGACUUCUCCAACCGCACGAUCUUCGCCGAUUCGGUACGUCACGUCUUGAGGACGCUCGACCAGCUCGCGCAGCCCAGCGGACCCUUUGCGAUGGCCCGCGAGAUUUCGACGCAGCACUUUGCGGGCACGACGGACGGCUCGGGCCGCUUCGACCGCCGCGCGCCCGCCGGACAGCACAAGAAAGCGGAUCAACAAAUUCUUCCCCCCAGCUGCGAGGUGAUCCACGGCGGCGCCGCCAACACGGGGGAGUACAAUACCAUCCUAAAGAGGGAGGUCGCGCUCACAAGGAACGUGCGCUUCGUGCCCUAUGCCGCCGCCACGCACGCGUGGGGCGUCGGCAAGAGCGGCGACUGCACGCACUUCUCCUGCUACUCGCCUCUCCAGUACGCGCCGAUUUGGGACGGCGUGGUUGAUGGCAUGCAGGGCUGGUUCGAUGAGCGUUGAGCGUCUGGGCUUGCAAUUACCUGGCUUAGGCCACAUUUAGGUGACUCCAGCCGUAGACGCUCCAAGCCACGGUUCGUCUGACUUAUUUUAAAACUCGCGCUAAGUAAC